GCUUAUUCAUGUAAACGUUUGUAAAUGACUAUGAAAACAUUAAUAAUUACAUGUAAUGUGUUGUUUUUUUUUUUUUGUCCCAUGCUGUUGCUUGGGGAUUUGUUGAUGGUUUGUUGUAUUUGUAUUUUUAAGCAUCAACACCACACAUAAUGGGGUUUAUCAGCAAUGGGCCAGUAAUAUGCAAGCAGUUGCACAAAGACUAGAGGCAACUGUUCCAUAAUCAGAAUACUUUCCAAUAUGGAGCAUAUUAAAGUGAUUUUACUAUUUCCUUUGUUUUAAAAUGUUGCUCCAUCUUAAGUAUUUAUUCAUCCACCAGGUUUUAUGAUGGAAUUGUAUGCAUUGAUGCAUACAAUUUUCAAAGCAAUAUGCCUUUAGUCCACAAAUUUGCAUCCUGUAAAGGUGUUCCUACAGGGACAUGUUAGAACCUUUGAUGAAAACCCAGUGUGUGUGUGUUGCAGUAUUAACAAUGAACAGCUACCCUAGUGCAAUGUAAAAGAUUUACAGUACAGUGCACAUAUUUGGUAGUUUAAUUAAUGUUACUAAACAUCUUUACACAGAAAUAUUUAAAUGACGGCACUCUUAGAUCAUUACAUGCCAAACCAUCCACAAAUGUUGGAUUUAAAGCCUUACAGACUGUGAUUUACAUGAAACCUGAUGCAUAGGGUUGUUCCAUGACAAUUCUGUGUUUUAAUGUAGAAUGUACAUUUUGUACACCUAACUAAAAAUUGUUGUUUUAUUUUUUUUAUAUUAGGGCUUGAAUUUCAGUGCGGGAUUGCAUGAAUCGCACAUUUACUAAGUUGUGCCUGCAUAUCUGCAACUUCCAGUGCGGGAAAAUCCCGCUGAGUUUUUAGGUGUGGUGAACCAAAGUAAACCAACAAUCUUAAUGAUGCCUAAAAGGAACUGAAGCCACUCAAGCACCAUGGGCAACAAGGAUAACCUGGAGGAAGUGUUUGUUGUUGUGAUUCGACCAAAGAAUACUGCAAGUCUCAACUCCAAGGAAUAUAGAGCAAAGGCUUAUGAAAUUCUUCUGUUAGAAGUUCCAUUAGAAGGAAAGGAAAAGAAAAGGAAGAAAGUGCUACUAGGAACCAAAAUUCAUGGGGAUGAAGAUACCUCUCGGUCCGUUUUGGAGUACGUGCAUGAGACAACCAAACCCAUAUCCACUAACAACCAAGGGUUUAAAGGUAAACGUGUGGUGCAUAUAAAGAAGUUCUCGCAUGGUGAGAAUGCUGGAAAAGAAGCAUCGCUUUUUGUUGUACCAAUUACCGUUAAAGACAACAGCAAGAGUGUUUAUUGCCCUGGAAGUCCAAGUUUUUACUGCUUACAAGACAUCAUGCGAGUCUGCAGUGAAACCAGCACUCACUUCUCAACCAUUACUGCCAGAAUGUUAAUCGCUUUGGAUAAGUGGCUUGCAGAACAGCACACUGUAUCCCAUGCUAUACCAGCUCUCUUUAGACCGGCCCCUGUAGAGAGGGUCAAAACCAAUGUUACUAACCCUGCUUACGCAAUCGACACCAGCCAGUCAGAAGGCACGCAGCACAUGGGCUACACUGCUCUGGAGAUUAAGAGUAAAAUGAUGGCGUUGGAGAAAGCAGACAUGUGCAUUUACAAUCCUCUUUACGGCUCCGACCUCCAGUACACAAAUCGGGUGGACAAGGUGGUCAUAAACCCAUACUUUGGUCUUGGAGCACCAGACUAUUCCAAGAUCCAGAUUCCAAAGAGAGAGAAAUGGCAGCACAGUAUGAGCAGUGUCACAGAAGACAAAGAGCAUCAGUGGGUUGAUGAUUUCCCACUUCACCGUAGUGCUUGUGAAGGAGAUACUGAAUUACUUGGCAAGCUGCUGGACAGCAACUUUUCAGUCAAUAAGUUGGAUAAUGAUCACUGGGCUCCUAUUCAUUAUGCCUGUUGGUAUGGAAAGGUGGAGGCCACACGGUUGAUAUUAGAGAAAGGGAAGUGCAACCCUAACCUCCUGAAUGGCCAGCUCAGCUCACCCCUUCACUUUGCUGCUGGAGGAGGACACUCUGAAAUAGUGCAGCUUCUUUUACGGCAUCCUGAAAUUGACAGACACAUUGUCGAUCAGCAAGGAAGAUCACCUUUACAACUCUGUGAAGAGAAUAAGCAGAAUGAGUGGGAGGGAACAGUUGAGCUACUGCAGCAAGCCAUGAACAAACCAUAUGAAAAGGUUAGAAUUUACCGCAUGGAUGGGUCAUACCGGUCUGUGGAGCUGAAACAUGGAAAUAACACCACUGUUCAACAGAUAAUGGAGGGCAUGAGGCUGUCCCAGGAGACCCAGCAGUACUUCACUAUCUGGAUAUGCUCAGAAAACCUCAGUCUUCAGCUGAAGCCUUACCACAAGCCACUCCAGCAUGUGCGAGACUGGGGAGAGAUCGUCACUGAAUUGACACUCCUGGAUUCCCACCGGGAAACACCACAACUCUUUUUACGUAGAGAUGUGAGGCUGUCACUGGACAUUGAGAAAAAGGUGGAAGAUCCACUUUCUAUUCUUAUCCUGUUUGAUGAAGCCCGACACAGCCUACUGAAAGGGUUCUUUCCGUCACCAGACAGCAAGUUAAUCACACUGGCCAGCCUUCUGUUGCAGAUUGUCUAUGGAAACUAUGAGAGCAAAAAGCACAAGCAAGGAUUCCUCAAUGAAGAAAAUUUGAAAUCUAUUGUGCCAAUCACCAAACUAAAAAGCAAAGCACCACAUUGGACAAAUAAGAUCCUUCUUGAAUACAAGAGCCUCAGUACCAGUGAGGGUGUCAGUAAGGAGAUGCACCACCUGCAGCGCCUCUUCCUACAGAACUGCUGGGACAUUCCCACAUAUGGAGCAGCCUUCUUUACAGGGCAGGUGUUCACCAAAGCCAGCUCCAGCAAUCACAAAGUCAUCCGGGUGUAUGUGGGAGUCAAUACGAAAGGAUUACUGCUUAUGAACAUGGAAACCAAGGCUUUGCUUAUUAGUCUGAAGUACGGCUCCUUCAUGUGGCAGUUGGGAGAGGCAGAUCAUUACUUUCAAAUACACAGCUUGGAAAAUAAAAUGAGUUUCAUAGUGCACACCAAACAGGCAGGACUUGUUGUCAAGCUGAUCAUGAAGUUAAGUGGACAGAUGAUGCCAAAUGAAAGAAGUAUAUCAGAAAAAUAUGCAUUUGGAUAAAAAUGUGUGCAAGUGUUGAAAGAUCUAAUGCUGAAUAACUUGUCAACGCUUCAGUGUGAAUACAUUGUUGGCCAUAUCUCAUGCUGGAAUCCAUCACUGUAUUAAUGGAAGAAUGACUAUGGAAUCGCACUGUUCCUAGUGAUGCUGUAUUGCUGAGUAGAGCUUGAUUUAGUGAAAGUUAUGCAGUUGUUUAAAUUAGGUUUAAACAUGCUUUGUUUUCCUUAUGCAACUUGUUAUAUAAACAGAAUAUUCCAUGGCCCUACAUACAUGGAGGGCUGUAUUUAUUUGACUCACAUUAACAUAGUACAGAAUCAUUUGUGGAAUAACUAAAGUACACUGUGAAAGUUAAUGGAAUAUCCUCUAUAUAACUUUAUUAAUAUUUUGUGUUUGUUGCCUAUCAUUUGAACAUGUUCUGAAAACAGUGAGACGCCUGUAAAUAUGUAAGUACGUAUUAUAAUUUUUUUUUCUUUUCAUAUAUUUGUUAAUUUGAUUUAUUAAUUCAGUUUUACUUCAAAAGGAUUUUUUCUUUUUAUUAUAUAUCAAAACUGUUUAUUUUCUGUUGUAGUGUUACUUAUGAGGAUCAUACUUGGUUUUGAUGUUUCUUGUAAAUAAAUGUAGGGUACAGUGUGUUCACUGCUUGCUUCUUACUUUUAAUAUACUUUUGUCACAAGUAUUUUUAAUGGGAAGGAUAUGAAUUAUAUAAAUGAAUUAUCUUUUUUUGUUUUCUAGUGGGAGAUAUAUUUUAGAUGUAAUUGUGGUUGUCUAGGGGAGGAUUAAAGUCCUAC